AUGCUUGCUCGACCGCCGCCUCUCCCCAUUUCUCUGCGACCCGAAGUGGCGGAAUAUAAUGUGGAAUAUUCGGAGGAUACUCUACGUAAACCAACAGUUCUGAACGAUGUCCUGUGUCCUAGGGCUGAACGCCAGGAGUUUGGAAAUCCUUAUCGAUAUAGCCAGCUCGAUGCUCGCAUUGACAUCCACGAUGGGCAAGCGAGCGAGUCAACAAUCUGA